CGCAAAGAUUCCGUGUUCCACCACGUGCAGACCGCGCGGGUGUAGCCUUCAGCAGACUCUCUCUCUUGCUCUUCCAUACACACACACGGCAUAUGCAGAAUAGACAUUACACACAUACGCACGUAGAGACAGCUAAUGCUAUAUACGUGUAUAUAUAGAGACGCGUACUGAUAAAUAGCGCUAGACGUUCACACACACAGACAAACUAUACAGACACGUUUAGACAAGUUUAGGCGAGCACACCACCGCAUAUACGCACACACGCACAGGCAAAUAUAAGUCACACGUUUACACACAUCCUGAAUAUACAAAAAUAUAGAUAUACAGAGACGUACACACAUAUAUAAUAUACCAUAUACACGUACAAUUAUACACACAUCAGUAUACACGCAGAGAGAAAGAUCCCCCGUAUAGCCUGAAGAACACACACACACACUUCAACACAAACCUAUAUACAUCCUUGCCCAGCUCUCUCCUCCGUCUUCUCAGACAGCACCAUGGACAGCGCCCGCCGCGCCCCCGCCGUGCCGCUGCCGUGGCAGCCGGCGCCGCCGCCGCCGCCGCUGCCGCCGCUGCUGCUGCUGCUGUCGGCGCUCCUGCUGCUCUGUAGCAGCUCGCUGUGCGGACUCGCGCGGGCCGAGUCGACACAGCUCGAGUCGCGCUCCUUCGAGGAGUUCCCCGCCAAGGACUUGGACGCGUCUCACGAGAAGGAACUGUUGGACGCAUUGCAGAGUGUGCUGGAAAAGCUUCAAAACAAGAGGAUGCCCAGCUGGGAGAAAAAAUACGGACAGCUUCCCAUCUGCGAUGCCGGCGAGUGGUGCGCAGUCCGCAAAGGGGCUCGCAUCGGGAAGUUGUGCGACUGCACCCGUGGCACUUCCUGCAACUCGUUCCUGCUCAAGUGUCUGUAGAGGACACGGCGGGGUGGGUGGUGGGCUCCGGGUUCGAGUUGCGGGGUCAAGGGGCUCAAGGGCGCCUGCCCCGCCACUCCCCCCCCCCGCCACCCCCCCACCGCGUUUGGCCACCCGCUGUGUCGCCAGACGCCACGGAUUUCACCAGAUUCAACAACUCGCUCGCUCGCCCGCUCACCACCGUCGCAGCGGAUCCAGCCGACAAUAACACGGUCGUCCAUCGCCAACAGCAUCGUCAUCAUCAUCAGCAUCAUCAUCAUCAUCACAAUUACUGCCAUCAGCAAAACCGCUCAACCGUGAAACAGUUGAUUUCGCUAAAACCCAAUAUCGCUACCGUUAUCAUAGUGACCUCGUCGUCAUCAUCAUUGUUGUCACCAAAUACCAGAGGGUAAUUAGUAAUUAAUCAACAGCCACCACUCACUACCAACACAGUUGAUAAUGCUAAUACAGCACAAAUGUCUCUAACAUUACCACUAUCAUCACAAAUCGUCAUGACAGCUAUUAUAAUCACCGCCACCACCACCACUCACAGCUAACACAGCUGCUCACAUCAUUAAUGCCAUCAUCGCCAUCAUCACAAACAAAUACCACCGACACCGAUACGGCGGGCAAAUAACAAUACCAAUGCCACUGCCAUUCUCGCCAAUGUCAGCAUCAUCAACAAUUAUAAUCGCCAACAUCUUCAUCACCACCACCACCACAAACACAACAAUGAAUGCUCCCACUCGCCACUGAUACACCCGAUGAAUACUGACACCAACACCGCAUCAUCAUCAUUAUGAUCACAACCAUCAACAGCUAACCACGCACUACUGAUACACUACCAAUGACGCUCCCAUCAGCAUCAUCAUAGUCACCGUUAUAAAAAACAUCAGUCACUUCCAUCAACGAUACCACUGAUACCAAUGGUAUCACACCACCAUUACCAGCAAUCGCGCUUACCUCCCGUCUCAAACCGACAUUCCACCAGGCUUUUCACGUCACACAAACACCCAGGAGUCGGAUUGCUCCCUGCAAUGGGAAUGUAUUUGCGUACAACAACAAAAGCGAUUGCAGCGGUUGUUCUAGUCACGUAGCAUGCCGCAUAAUCACAGCGUACACUCUUUAAAAGUUACAACAUAUUAUUAUUGAUUUGUUCUUAUUGCUAAAUGGAUAACGUUAUUGUCCUAAGAACCCACUAAUAUAACAAAGGAGUAUUACCAAUUAAGUGUCAUGUAUCUAUUAUCCUGAUAGUUUAAGAUUGUCUAGAGACCGCAUUAGAGACCCGGUCUCCUAGUCCAUCACUUUUUAGAGACCCCAUCAGAGACCCGAUCUCCUAGUCCAUCACUGUCUAGAGAUCCCCAUCAGAGACCCGGUCUCCCAGUCCAUCACUGUCUAGAGAUACCCAUCAGAGACCCAGUCUCCCUGUCCAUCACUGUCUAGAGAUCCCCAUCAGAGACCCGGUCUCCCAGUCCAUCACUAUCCAGAGAUCCCCAUCAGAGACCCGGUUUCCUAGUCCAUCACUGCCUAGAGACCCCCAUCAGAGACCCGGUCUCUUAGUCCAUCACUGUCUAGAGACCCCAAUCAGAGACCCGGUCUCCCAGUCCAUCACUUUCUAGAGACCCCAUCAGAGACCCGGCCUCCCAGUCCAUCACUGUCUAGAGAUCCCAUCAGAGACCCGGUCUCCCAGUCCAUCACUGUCUAGAGACCCCAAUCAGAGACCCGGUCUCCCAGUCCAUCACUUUCUAGAGACCCCAAUCAGAGACCCGGUCUCCUAGUCAAUCACUGUCUAGAGACCCCAUCAGAGACCCGGUCUCCCAGUCCAUCACUGUCUAGAGAUCCCAUCAGAGACCCGGUCUCCCUGUCCAUCACUGUCUAGAGAUCCCAUCAGAGACCCGGUCUCCCUGUCCAUCACUGUCUAGAGACCCCAUCAGAGACCCGGUCUCCCAGUCCAUCACUGUCUAGAGACCCCAUCAGAGACCCGGUCUCCCUGUCCAUCACUUUCUAGAGAUCCCAUCAAAGACCCGGUCUCCUAGUCCAUCACUGUCUAGAGACCCCAUCAGAGACCCGGUCUCCCUGUCCAUCACUGUCUACAGACCCCAUCAGAGACCCGGUCUCCCAGUCCAUCACUGUCUAGAGAUCCCAUCAGAGAUACGGUCUCCCAGUCCAUCAAUGUCUAGAGAUCCCCAUCAGAGACCCGGUCUCCCAGUCCAUCACUGUCUAGAGAUCCCCAUCACGGACCCGGUCUCCUAGUCCAUCACUGUCUAGAGAACCCAUCAGAGACCCGGUCUCCCAGUCCAUCACUUUCUAGAGAUCCCCAUCAGAGACCCGGUCUCCCAGUACAUCACUGUCUAGAGACCCCAUCAGAGACCCGAUCUCCUAGUCCAUCACUGUCUAGAGAUCCCCAUCAGAGACCCGGUCUCCCAGUCCAUCACUGUCUAGAGAUCCCCAUCAGAGACCCAGUCUCCCAGUCCAUCACUGUCUAGAGACCCCAUCAGAGACCCGGUCUCCCUGUCCAUCACUGUCUAGAGAUCCCCAUCAGAGACCCGGUCUCCCAGUCCAUCACUAUCCAGAGAUCCC